CGCGAUUAUAGAAAAAUAAUAUCGUUUCAGUCAAUUUUUUUUAUCAUCUUUGGCUAAACCUAUCACUUUUUACUCCGAAAUAUAUUCAUAAUUCAUGUUAUAAAAAAGAUUUUAUACUCUUUUUUCUUUUCUUAUUUUGUUUUCUUAUAUUUAUUUUUUCCAAAAAAAGUAAAAAAUAAAUGCAAAAACCACAUCUAAGGAAAUUAAACGAAAAGACAAAUCAAAUAUCAAAUAAAACUCGAAAAUUUCUUGGGCAACAAGUUCCCGAUUACAUCAAAAAUUUACCAAGCAUUAAAAAUGAUCUACGACGUUGGGUUUUCAAUGUUAUAUUUUUUAUCAUAGGCUUUUUAUACGAUUGGGCAGUCUAUGCUGUACUUCAUCGAAUACCAAAUCUACAUAAGUUCCCCUCUAGUGUGGCUGGCAUGAUUGUGCUUCUUGUCUUACUUUUGAUUUCUCAUGCUAUAUUCCCUAAAUUUACCGACAAUCUUGUAAAAGUGCUUGAUCCAUAUUUUUCUUUUGCUUUACGAAGUAUGAAUAUCAUGUUUGUUCCUGCCUUUUGUGAGAUGGUAAAGAAUCCAUCUACAACAGGUCCUGAAGUGGGUAGAAUGAUUUGUAUUUUCAUUGUUGCUUAUAUUAUCGGUUUCACUACUUGCACUGUAUUAGUUCGAGUUUUACGUUUAAUCAUUUUUUCGCCAUUUUUAGGAUAUAAAGAAUCUUCUAAUGAUACAACGGUAGCGAUAACAGAAAAAAUAGAAAUGCCAGCAAAUCCUGCUUUAGACACAGAAGAAGCAGAGAUAGGUAGUCCCGGAUUUGCACAUUUACAACGUGCUUCAUCUGUGGUAACGAUACCUAUUCCACUUCGACAAUUAUCUGACGAUGAUGGCGGUUCAUGUGCAAGCACACUUACAGGAAAAUCAUCACCACCUAUUAUUUCACAUCAACAUGAUCAUCCUAACUCUCGAUGCUGUAUGAGCGAUACGAAUGCAUUAUAUGAACCUCAUCAUCAUCAUCAAAGAGAAAGACAUGGUCCUUUACAUGCUUUCGCUGUUUGGUGUAUGGAACAAUCUAAUUUUGAUGAUCUUACCUUAUUUAUUAUAUUUUGUAUCUGCGCUUUUGUCUUUUUGCCAUUAUCACAUGAUAGUCCUGCCAUGCCAUUCUUCAGACUAUUUCUUUAUUUUAGUAUGACUCUUUUAUUGUAUUCAGCUGCAAGCAGAAUGCCUGCAAAAAUGAAAAUCAUCAUUCAUCCUAUCAUUGUCACUUCAGCUUGUGUUUUAGCUGGUCUUGCUUAUUUUGAAAGAGUGAAAGGUUUCGAUAUCAUCUAUGGAGUGAAUGUCUACAAGACAGGUAUCAGCUUUAUUUCACUUGUUGAAAAGACAGACGUUGGAUGGCCAGGCGGUGGUGAUAUAUUAUCAGCUGCUAUGGAUGUUUCUAUUAUUUCUUUAGCUUUUAAUGUAUAUAAAAGCAGACCUACAUCUUUACGUCAAUGGGCCAUUAUUACAUGUUCAAUUGUACCUAUGGCUUUCUUAAUUAUGUUUGUAACUCCUUUAUUUGCUCAUGGUAUUGGCUUACCACCAAGUUAUUGUCUUGUCUGGAGUUCAAGAUCUGUUACUACUGCUAUUGGUAUUGUUAUUGCUGAAGUACUUGGUUCUAAUCAAAGUGUAGUGACUUGUAUCAUCGUAUUUACUGGUAUUACAGGUCCAUUAAUUGGUCCUUAUCUACUGAAGUUGGCUCGUGUCAAAGAUGAUGACUAUAUGACUAUUGGUAUUACUAUGGGUAGUAAUUCCCACGGUGUAGGUACUGCUUAUCUUAUUACUAAAAACCCAAAGGCUAGUGGUAUGGCAUCUAUUGCCUUUGCUAUGUUUGGUACAAUUGGUGUCAUUGUAGCCUCAAUUCCAGUUCUCUCUGACACAAUUAAGCAUCUUUCAGGAUACUCAGAUUAAUUGAUAGUCUCUAAUACUUAAUAUACAAAAAUACCCAAUUUUUUCUUUAAUCAUUUAGUAUAUAUAUAUUUAUAUAUCUUUAUAUAUUAUUUUAGAUUCAUAUUCUUAUUCUAUAUUAUAUGUUAAAACUAUUGUAAUCAUUAUAUAUCUAUUAUGUAUUUAAUAAACUACAUAUAAUUGUAAAGACAUAGACAUAUA